GAGGGGAGCAGCCCUCCUCGUGACUGGGGGCUGGCCCAGCCCUGAAGGAGUGGGCGGGGCGGGGGGGGGGAAGCCCUAUAAUUGGACCGAGCUGGGUUCCCCACUGGGCUCCAACUGAGGCUGUGGACCAGGAUUCCCAGGAGGCGACAGACCAAUCGCAGGCCGGGAAAAUGAAGCUGCUGUGGACCGCCCUGGCGGUCGCCCUCCUGGCAGGAUGUCAGGCCGACCUGGAGCUCCAGGAGGAGCUGGAAGUGCAGCCGACAGCGGAGAUGGGCAAGUGGCAGAUCGGCCAGCCCUGGGAGGUGGCGCUGAGCCGCUUCUGGGAUUACCUGCGCUGGGUGCAGACGCUGUCUGACCAGAUGCAGGAGGAGCUGCUCAGCACCCAGGUCAUCCAGGAGAUCAAGUCGCUGAAGGAGGAGACCCUGCGCGAGGUGAAGACCUAUGUGAGCGAGGUGGAGCAGCAGCUGGGCCCCGCGGCCGAGGAGACCCAGGCCCGCGUGGUGAAGGAGCUGCAGGCGGCACGGGCGCGGCUGGAGACCGACCUGGACGACCUGCGCGGCCGCCUGGUGCAGUACCACACCGACGUGCAGACCCUGGUGGGCCAGAGCACCGAAGAGCUGCGCAACCGCCUGUACUCGCACCUGCGCAAGCUGCGCAAGCGCCUCAUGCGCGAUGCCGACGACCUGCACAAGCGCCUGGCCGUGUACCGCGCGGGCGCGGGCGAGGGGGCCGAGCGCGGGGUGAGCGCGCUGCGCGAGCGCCUGGGGCCGCUGGUGGAGCAGGGCCGCGAGCGCGCCGCCAACGUGGGCGCCCUGGCCAGCCGGCCGCUGCAGGAGCGCAUGGAGGCGCUGGGCCAGCGGCUGCGCGGCCGGCUGGAGGCGAUGCAGGCGCAGAUGCAGGACCAGGUGCAGCAGAUGCACCAGCAGGCCGAGGCCUUCGGCGACCGCUUCAAGAACUGGUUCGAGCCCCUGGUGGCAGACAUGAAGCGCCAGUGGGCCGGGCUGGUGGAGAAGGUGCAGCAGGCCGUGGCCCCCGCCCCCGCCGCCUCCGCUGAAGCCACUGACUAGCAGUGAGCGCCCCCCCAGCGCCCCCUCACUCCUGCCCCUGCCACCCCCCACCCAGCUCUGGCUGCCCUCCUGGCGGGGCCCUAGAUAAUAAAGAUGUCUGAGCUUCACAGCA